CCGCCUCCCGCGCACACACGGCCAUGGCGGAGGCCUCCUCGCUAGAGAGGCGGAGCCCUGGCCUGGCCUCUUGCCUCUCUCACAGCCUGUGCCCCGGGGAGCCCGGCUUGCAGACCACAGCAGUGGUGUCCAUGGGGUCCGCGGACCAUCAGUUCCACCUGGCGGAGAUCCUGUCUCGGAACUACGGCGUCCGGGAGGAGCAUGAGGGGGCCGCGCGGGGCCCGGAGAAGCCGGAGGAGGAGCUAGAGAAGGACUUCGUCUCCCAGAGCAGCGACAUGCCCCUUGACGAGCUGCUGGCCCUCUAUGGCUACGAGGCCUCGGACCCCAUCUCGGAGCGCCAGAGCGAGGGCAGCGACGCCGCAGCCAACCUCCCGGACAUGACCCUGGACAAGGAACAAAUAGCGAAGGAUUUGCUUUCAGGGGAAGAAGAGGAAGAAACACAGUCCUCAGCCGAUGACCUCACCCCAUCUGUGACCUCCCAUGAGGCCUCUGACCUUUUCCCUAAUCAGAGUGGACCCCGCUUCCUGCCUGAUGCAGACAAGGAGCCUGGCUCCUCCAGCUCAUCAGACACCGAGGAGGACCCGCUUCCUGCCAACAAGUGUAAGAAGGAGAUCAUGGUUGGGCCUCAGUUCCAAGCCGACCUCAGCAAGCUGCACUCGAACCGCCAGGGUGAGAAGAUCUAUGAGAAUGAAGACCAGCUGCUCUGGGACCCCAACAUCCUUCCUGAGAGGGAGGUGGAGGAGUUCCUGUACCGGGCGGUGAAGCGGCGGUGGCACGAGGUGGCUGAGUCUCAGCUCCCGGAGGGAGAGGCAGUGAAAGACAGCGAGCAGGCACUGUAUGAGCUGGUGAAAUGCAACUUCAAUGCCGAGGAGGCCCUGCGGAGGCUGCGGUUCAACGUGAAGGUGAUCCGAGAUGGGCUGUGCGCCUGGAGCGAGGAGGAGCGCCGCAACUUCGAGCACGGCUUCCGUGUGCACGGCAAGAACUUCCACCUGAUCCAGGCCAACAAGAUGGCUCUCCCUGGAGCACCAGUGACGCCCACGCUCAGCGAGAAGUGGGCUUGCUCCGCAUGCUCUCUGGGCCGGGGUUGUCCGACCCCCUCCGCCGGGCCUGUGAGGAACAGAGCACACGUGCGCACACGGUCUGUGGGCGAGUGCGUGGAGUAUUACUACCUGUGGAAGAAGUCUGAGCGCUACGACUACUUCUCCCAGCAGACGCGGCUGGGCCGCCGGAAGUACGGCCCGUCGGGAACCACGGACGCGGACCAGGACCUGGACGGCGGUGACCCCGAUGGCCCUGGCCGCCCCCGCUCCUCGCCGCCCCUGCCUCUGCCCGCCACUGCCGACGGCCCGGGCCCUGAGCGGGACGCCCUGGCCCGGAUGCGCACCGAGCCCCUGAGUGUGGGCAGCAGCACGUCUGGGAGUCUCGGCGAGCCCGGGGAGGCCCCCGAUGGUCCCCCGUCCUCGGAGCCAGGGCCCUGUUCGUUCCAGCCACUGGACGUAGACGCGCCCUCGGCCGUGCCCUUGCCUCGGCGGCCCCCAGCCCUGGCUGAGCCGGCCUUCUACUCCCCCACCACGGCUGCUCCAGAGCCCGGUGCCAGCCCAAGGCUGGCUGUGGACUUGGCCCUGCCCGGGGCCCUCCCCGAGGAGCUGCCCCUCAUCUCCAGCCACGUGGAUAUGGACGGAGAGCCCGAGGAGGCCGUGGCCCCCGCACAGGUGGCUUUGUCGGUUGCCGAGUUUGGACUCAUCGGCAUCGGGGAUGUGAAUCCCUUCCUGGCCACCCACCCCGCGUGCCCGGCCCCUGGGCUGCACUCGGAGCCCCUGUCACACUGUAACGUGAUGACCUGUUGAUCCCUGGCCACAGGCGGGCGUGUGUGGCCCAGAUUGGACUUGGGGCCGCCGUGAGGCCUGCCUGUCAGUCUUCCUGACCCUCCCCUCCUCGCGGGCCUCCGGUAGCUCCUCUGCUCGGAGCACGUCAAGGACCGGGCUGAGCGGUGGCCCCUCCCCACGCCACACACGCACCAGCACCGCUCUCUGGCUCCAGCCUCUGCGCCCACCACAGGAGCGGUCGGGCGGCUGGGCGCUGAGUGCUGGCCCAUCCCGCCAGCAGAGGCGAGGAAGGCGUCCCGGCCCCGCCAGGGACGUGGGGAGGUGGGGCCGCACGCCGCCCCUACCAGCAGCCUCCGCCGGCAGCCUCGGCACUCUGCUCGCCCGUCUCCCUGCGCCUGGCCGGACUGCGGGCUGCCCCCGCCCAGGGCUCAGGGGGCAGCUGCUACUCGGUGCCAAACCCUGUGGGGCACAGAGCCAUAUACCUCGAUGUCGGCCCGCCCCGCCCUGACGUCCACCCGCUCUCUCCACUUCAGGAAAAGCCGCACUUUAUGCCCCCACCCCGCCCCCACCCCGGGGCCCCCGUCAGCUUCGGGCGUGGGUCUGAGGACGCAGAACUCACAGCCCCUUGGUACCGAGGCCUUUCGCCUGCCGCACUGAGGGGCCCGGCUCCAGCCCGUUUCCCUGACCCCCUAGGUCGUGUUUCUGUUGAGGCUUUCCAGCAAGACGGCUUGGGGUCCUGGGCCAUCUCCUCUCCAGCCUCCUCGUUUUAUUUAUAUUUCUGUUUACAAAUCGGAGUGGGGUCCUCCAGGGGCAGGGCAGCGCUCCCGGCCCCGGUGUCACCAAGGGGGGCUUUGGCUCGAGCCCGUCCACAGGGCCGGACUCGACCUUCCCUCGGACCACCAAGGACCGCACUGUGAAGUGACAACUGCCUUGACCCCCUUGCUGUUUUAUUUAUUAAACUUGAUUUGAAGCCCCG